AUGGAUAUUUCCACCGGUGUGUCCGACUCCAACUUGCCUGAAACUGAACACCACAUCGUCAAGGCUGAUGAGGUGGAUCAGACUGGCACGGACAUCUCCCCUGUCUCAGACGACCAAUUGAUGGAGGAGGUCGCAGAGGGUCUGCGGCAAGAGCAGGCUCCGUCCGCAAUAACAGAGGCGAUAGCGGCUUCAUCACAGCCAGAGACGACCACAAAACGGCCCGAAUUACGACGAGACGGAUCGGCCCCUCCACCGCCAUUACAACCCCCUCCCCCGGCACCCGUUCAGCAGAAUGCGGACCGACCAACGGACUCCUCCCUGAGCUUGGCUCAGCUGCGAAGACUGGUGCAGGAGAUGCCCAAGGUUGAACAGCCGGCCUAUGCUUUCGAAUAUGCCGAUGCGCAACCGUUCCCAGAUGAGCUGGAAGAGUGGUUCCAGUACAAUGAAUUCGAUCGCGUGAUGUUGAUGGGUAUGAAAGCCACCUUCGAAAGGCAAUGGUAUGCUUUCUGUCAGCAGAAUGCUUCGGGCACAGGUGUGCAGUCAUGGGUCGAUGUAUCCGAGGACCUUCGCCAAUCAUUCAUGAUGCGCUCCUUGGAUAAUCUGCAACAUAUGGACGUUUCUGUGCGCUUGGAGGCACUGGAGAAUAUUUGCUAUGCGGUCACCGGUGUAUGGGGUCUCACUGGGGGUCGAGUUGCCCCCGACUAUCCAGCAGACAUGGACGCCCGAUCGGCAGCCGAAACACCUGAGUCAAAAUCACUACAGAUUGCCUGGAUCGAGAAGAAUGUCACACUUCUUCAGCAAUGUUCUGGUAUCUCGGUCUUGAUUUUGAGGUUAUCCCAGCUCUUUGACAAAAACCGUGCCUCGCUUGGCCCAGAUCCAGAUGGAAGCGAGUUUGAACGACUUAACCCAGGGGAUAUUGCUGCUCCAGAGCGCGAAGCCAACCUGGUCCUUACCUUGUUGUAUUUUUCAAUUGAAGUUGGCCGACGCCAAGAAGCUCAAGACUCUCAGAAUACAUUGAUUCGUGACGCUCUUGCCGAAUCGAAUCCUUGUUUAUUGGUGACCAUUGUGGAAAUAAUUGCACGCCUGAGGUGGGACGAAUCUGCCAAUAUUCCUCUCACGAGGAUUAUUCUUUUGCUGUGGAAAUCUAUCCUUCUCGUCUUCGGCGGCAGUGAUAAAUUGAAGAGGACAAAAGAGGUUCUUGAGCCUCCUUUGAUCUCCGAAGAGGAUGCCGCCAAUCGUAGAACACCUUUCCUGACCGCAAACCCUCUCGACUAUCACAUUUUCCGCCAGGAGAUCACGUCAAAAUACCCUUCCUACAAUCCACCCCCUUCGAUUGUCCCUCUCGAACUCGAAAACAAUUCCAUUUUACCCCCUCUACCGCAGCAUCCUAGCCGAAUCAACUCUACAAGUGGACUUUUCUGUGGAGUUGGCCCAUCGAUUGCCGGUGGAAAUGGCUCUAUUCUUCAACAGGCCGUUCAUAUCGCGACUCCGGCGCCAUCUCCUCCACCCUCUCCAAUUGGCCCCGGAGGGAAGGCCGGCAAGAAACAAAACUACCAGACCAACCAGAACUUCCCACUUCUGUACCCCCCGUUAGAUGAUACCAGCAAUCGUAUCGGCGGAAAGGGGACGACAGAGCGACAGGACGUUUUGGUAGGCAAGCGAUGGGAGGGUAGUGAUGUGCCUGCAUCCGUCAUUGAAGCCGGAAAGCUCUUCUCCACCCAUGUCAAGAUGACUCGGGCGAUGCAGCAGCUGUGGGAAGAGCGCGAGAAUUUCAUGAUGUACGACCGGGGUUGGAACUUCGAGCAGUCUCAGCGGCGAGUCCCUGACUUCCCGUCGCUGGAUGAUACCACUGGCGAAUUGGAGAACUUGGACCUGUCUGAGAGCGAGUCCAACCCUCAUAAAAAAGAAACGGAUGACCCGGAUGUACAGCGACGACUGGAAGCCGUGGAGGCGUUCUAUUCUCAAACCUUGGCUCAUCUUCAGUCCAUAACAAUUGUGUUUCUGAAGAUUAUUCUGACGAACGUGAGUGCUGUUGUGAAUCAGGCGAAUUCACAGAGUUCUCAAAACAUGAGUAAUGGCCAUGGGAUCAAUGGGUCAUCUACAGAGUUUUCUCCCGAUUCCUCCAUUGACGAACUGGAUAAUAUUCGGUUACGAGAAAUCACCGGUAAAGCCGUAUCCGGCACUUUACUUCUCCUGUUGAAGUGGUUCAAGCGAUCUCAUGUUCUCAAAUUUGAGUAUAUGACACAGCUACUGCUCGACUCGAACUACUUGCCAUUAAUCCUGAAGAUGUUCGCCCAUCAGGACGUGGAUCAAGCCGUGGCGCAGAAAAAUGACCGCGAGGACCUCGCUUUCUUCCAUUUCUGCAGCGAACGCUCCAAUUACGCGAUGGGAACUCAGCAACCGGGUGAUGGUGACACCGAGAGUGAGGAUGAGGCUGUUCCGCCGCCUAUCUCCCGUCAUCGACCCAAUUUGAAUACCGGCAGCCGCGGUGCUCGUGCCGUCUCCGAAGAAGAGUCUAUUGCGGGGAUACUUGACGGUCCAGCACGCCCUGAAGUCGACGAACUCGGCUAUCCUACGGCUCCUCUGCCCAAGGAACCCAUCACAGUCUUCUCCUUCCGCAACUUCUUCUCUGCAAUCAACUACCUUCACAUCAUGCAGAAGAUUACUCGAGAUAAGGCACAUCGCUGCCUUCUACUCGUGCAGUACAAGUCGAGCACGAUCCUUCGGAAGGGUCUCAAGAUCCCGGACCCUCAUCUCCGAUUCUACACUCUCAAGCUCUUCAAGUCUCAAGUACCCUACUGCGGCCGCAAAUGGCGCCAGGGCAAUAUGCGUGUUAUCACCGCCAUUUACCUGUACUGCCGACCAGAGCUACGGGAUGACUGGCUCGCUGGCUCGGACGUUGAUGCCGAAGUUGAAGAAGCUUUACCUCUGGAGCAGGCGCUUCGUGGAUUGACGCACUGGUGGCAUCUACGUCAGUACAAGGACGUCAUGGCUGGGUCGGAGGGUUCCAGCAUGAUGGAAGAGGAGCGUGAUUUCUUUGUUCGUGAAUUAGAGUCUAUGGGAUGGGGCUUUGGUGAUGAAUUGGCCGGCGAGGACUCGGAUCCUGGCAACCAGAUGCCCAACGGGAAUGAGUGGGAGGGCGGCCAAAUGCCGGCGGAAGGGAGCUGGCCACAGUGA